AUGACAUUCACUAAAGAGAUCAUCGAUUUGAUCAUUGAAAGUACUAGAGCUGUUGUGAUAUCACUUGGAGCUUAUGCCGCAAGUGUGAUGUCAGGCCCAUACGCAGGGGUUGCCGAGCUUUUACGCUCAGAACACUUUGAGUGGUUAAAUUACAUCCACUGCACUGCACAUCGCUUGAACUUGGUCGUAAAUGACAUUAUCAAGGGAUCUCCAUUGGCUCUAGACAUCGUGUCUAUGAUGAAUUCCCUCCACCCAUUCUUUAACAUUCCUAAAGUCAGGUCAGUUUACGAAGCCGUCUAUAAAGAACUCAACCCAGGAAGGCAGCUCAAAUAUUUGCAUCAGCAAAUCGAAAUUCGAUGGGGAUGUAAGUUCGAGGCAGUGGAUCUGCUCGUGGACAAACCUCGGGUUUUUUUGGAAACCUUGGUAAGAGUAGCACAGAAUCGAGAUAACGUCCAUGACCCAAAGCAUGCUGAGCAAGCUGCAGGUUUCUACCACAAGCUGAUUACAACAAAAGUGGUCAUAGGCCUGAUCGUGCUGAGGGCAUAUCUAGCCGAGCUGUUUUUUCUUUCGAAAGAACUUCAAACAGAAUCUAUUAAUUGGACUGACGUCCAACACGAGUUGACAAGAAGCCGUGCUUCAUUGAAUGGAAUCACAGAUGGCCAACUUCUUAGAGAUACCGAGAAGUUCUUCGAGUCAAUAGGUUCACCUAUGGAUGUGAACCUAGACUGCCUUGCAAUAGUGAGAAAAAGGUCUACAUCAACACGGCAAUCUGAUUUCAACUUGCAGGGCAGCAUCAAUGAGAUGAACUUGUACAUGAGGGAAAAACUUAAUGAAGUGAUGAAGAGUUUCGAAGCCUUGGAUGCCUCUAAGGAAUGUUAUCUUGAUGAUGGAACCCUUGAGCAUCUUGUGAAUCGUUUUCACUGUCUGGAUGUCAACCACUCAAUCCUGAAGCUGGAGCUAGUAAGAGCCAAGCAAGAUUUCCAACUUGGCCUUCCCAUUUCUGAAAGUCGGUGUCAAAACCUUAUGAAACUUGUGGCAUUAAAAAACACCGUAGCAACCUCUACAGCCUCAGCUGAAAGAGCAUUUUCAGCGAUGAACCGAGUCUGCAACAAGAUCAGGUCAAGAACCACGGCUUCCCGGCUCGCAGACCUACUUUGUAUCACCUUAAAUAAAGACUUAGUGGCGGAUCUGGACAUUAACAGUCUUGUAGACUUGUGGGCCAAGAAGUCGAAAAGGCGUAUCAACGUUUGA